AUGGAAACGCCUACUACGAUCUCAGAUGAGUACCAAGAAGCUGAAAACUAUCUUUAUCGCCAAGCACAACUGGAAUCAUAUGCCAAAGAAGUAAGAAUUCUCGAGGCCAAAGACAACUUACCAUAUAAAGAGGGAAAAGGGCUUGAUGCAAGUAGCAACAUUUAUACUCUUUCACCGUAUUUAGACAACGAAAAGAUCCUUCGCGUUCGUGGACGAAUUGAUGCUGCUGUUGGGGUAUCACUAGGCAUGAAAAGACCGAUUCUUCUCGAUAGACAGACUUACCUCACCGGUCUUAUUAUUCAACACUAUCAUGAGCAAUAUCAUCAUUUGAAUAAUGAGACAGUAAUAAAUGAGUUACGCCAAAGGUUCUGGAUACCAAAGAUACGUGUCGCUGUUAAACAUGCAAUCAAAAACUGCCAGAUGUGCAAGAUUAAGAAAGCAGUUCCACAAGCACCGAUAAUGGGAGAUCUUCCAGCAGCAAGGCUCUCAACAUUCUCUCGGCCUUUUUCAUUUUCCGGAAUCGACUAUUUUGGCCCAAUGACAGUUGCAAUCGGAAGACGAACUGAGAAACGCUGGGGUGUGAUUAUCACUUGCCUAACAACACGAGCCAUCCACAUCGAACUGGAAAACAGUCUCUCGUCUGAUUCUUGCAUAUUGGCCAUAAAGCGUUUCACAGCUAGACGUGGAAUUCCAUUAGAAUUCUUCAGCGAUAAUGGCACUAAUUUCCACGGAGCUGACCGUGAACUUCAGCAAGCGGCAAGUAUAUCACAGAGCCUGGCUGCAGAAUUUACCUGUUCUACCACAAAAUGGACUUUCAUUCCCCCAUCAUCGCCUCACAUGGGAGGAAGUUGGGAGAGAAUGGUUCGAGCAACAAAAACUGUGCUGAAACAAGUUAUGCCAACACGCAAUCCAUCUGAUGAACUUUUACAUAGCAUGAUGAUCGAAGUUGAACGAAUCAUUAAUUGCCAUCCGUUGACAUACGUUCCAGUAGAGACUGAAAAUGAUGAGGCGUUAACACCAAACCAUUUCCUUCUUGGAUCAUCCGAUGGAAGCAAAGUUGACAGUAUACCAACUGAAGAAGGAAUACUCUUGCGAAAAAAUUGGAUGAAAGUACAGCAAUAUGCCAAUAUCUUCUGGAAGCGAUGGAUCAAUGAGUACCUUCCUACUCUCACCCGCAGGACUAAAUGGCAUGCACCAACAAAACCCAUUGAGAAGGGAGAUAUUGUUAUCGUCGUAGAUGAUUCUAACCCGAGAAAUCUGUGGCCGAAAGGACGAAUACUGGACACAGUCAUCAGCAAGAAUAGUGGACAAGUCCGACAAGUUACCGUACAGACAAAUUCUGGAAUCUACGUUCGCCCAGCAGUUAAAAUAGCCGUUCUUGAUGUUUUUAAGGAUGGUAAGCCAACGAAGGACGUCGUCGUACCGGAGGGGAGUGUUGGCAAUACUGCCACCACAUCAAAAACGCCACCAAGCAGCGAACUUUUGAACCUCCAGAUGAUAUGA